AUGGAUUCAGACAACAAUUUUCAAUCUGAUGACGAAUUUGAUGAAAUGGUGGCAGAUGCAUUGCUGGGUGUUGCAGUUUGUGUUUCAACUAAUUACCACACCAACUAUAUUGUGAAAGAACCAUGUAGAAAUUCGAAUUAUACAGGACAUCAAUUUGUAAUGGAAGUAUUAGCUGGACAUCAUAAGCGUUGUCAUGAGUUAUUUCGCAUGGAAAAGCAUGUAUUUUUACGGCUUUGUCAAGGGCUCACACGAAAGGAUCUAUUAAAAGAUAGUCGUGAAAUUUCUGUGGAGGAGCAAAUGGCCAUAUUUCUUAUGACAAUUGGCCAUAAUGAAAUAAAUAAGAUGCUACAAGAACGAUUUCAACACUCUGGUGAGACUAUUAGUAGGCAUUUUAAUACAGUUCUGAAAGCCCUAGUAACAUUCUCAAUGUCAAUUAUUGUGUCUCCUUCGUUUGAUGAUAUCCCUAUUCAUAUACGCAACAAUCCUAAAUAUUGGCCUCAUUUUAAGGGUUGCAUUAGUGCAAUCGAUGGAACGCAUAUUGAUGCAGUGAUUCCAGUCGAUCAACAACUUGCAUAUCGUGACGUAAAGGAGAUUGCACACAAAAUGUGA